AUUGUCACCAGAAUGGACUGUGAAGAUGCUUAUGGAUGGACCAACAUUUAUGAUGGAAUGCUGUGUGCAGGUUACUAUGCCCUUGGUGGAGUGGAUGCUUGUCAGGGUGACAGUGGUGGUCCUAUGACAUGCCCUCUAGAAGAUGGAACCAAUGUGCUUGCUGGAAUUGUUUCAUGGGGAACUGGUUGUGCCAGGCCAGGAUACCCUGGAGUUUAUUCAGAAGUCGCCUAUUUAAGGGAAUGGAUUCAUGAGAAAAUAGGAGUGUGAUCAGGUUACUUCCAGUAUUUUUUUCGCAUUUUGACCGCCAUCAAACUAAAACAAUGUCUGGAAUUAAAAACUUAUUUGAUUUGAAAAUGAGG